AUGAGUAGUACUAUAUCGUUGUUGAAAGGGUUCGAAGUGCCAACGGACUUGACUAGUUUAGAAAGACUAAUUUUAAAAAAACAAGAGCAACAACCAGACCAACAAGAACAAUCAAAGGAUAAUACAGCCACAGAAGUGGGGAAAAACAAAUGCUAUUCUGAAAUAAUUGAGAGUUCUAUGAAAGAAUUACAAAACGAAAUAUUACCAUUACGCCUAGAGUUCAAUAUGCUAUUGCAAAGUUUAUCCCAAAUAGGUAUCGUGACAAAUAUACCCAAUAAAGAACAAUAUUUUAAAAUCAGGACAAGAUUAUUUGAUAUAAACACUAAAAUACAAUUAUUGUGCGCUAAAAUGAAAAAUUUACGUCCUAUACUCUUGUUAAUCAAGGAUCAACAGCAGUUACAAUUACAACGUGAACAAAAAAGUGGUGGCGAUACUGAAAAAAAUGAAAAUGAUGACCUAGAAUUCAGGUUUAAUACGCCCUAUGCUAUAUUAGAAACAUUACCUGAGCUGCCGCUACCAGAUCCGCCAGUGCCAUUGCCUAAAUCAUUUCAACCUAAACCGAAUGCCACUGUAAAUAACAACAAUAGCAACGUCUCCACGCCCGUUUCAAGUGCGUCAAAUAAUAAAACUGGGACUGGUAGUAAUGGUGGUAGCAGUAAUGGUACUACUAAUACUACUACCAACAGUACUAGCAAAGGCAACAGGGGUUCCCCCAACGUAAAUGUUGCUACGGCUAAAUCACCAGUCGUGGCAACUAAUACUUCCAAAGCAAAUACCAAAGGAACAAAUAGCAACCCUAACACGCCACGUAAUCAGGGCAAGAAUAAUACUACUACUACUGGAAAUGUUACAGGUGCUAAUGUGAAUACUGCUGGAAAGAAGACAUCUGCUGCAAGUAAGAAAAAUGCCAAUAUGUCUGUAAACACCAGCACUGUUGCUACUAACAACAAUGGCAUUACACCUAGUUUCCAAAACACUAUUUCUCCAAUGAACAUGAUGACACCAUCUACUAUCGCUGCUACAUCAGGGAAUGUGAUUUCUACCAGUAGAAAUAGUAAAAAGAGCAGUACUAUGGGUAAUAGUAACAACAACAACAACAACAAUACCAAUAAUAGUAGUAGCGGUGCUACUCUAUCUUCCCCGGGAAAUAUGAUGAUGAUGCUUGAUAAUAAUAAUAAUAAUAAUAAUAACAAUUAUAAUACUAUUAAUCCUAGUAUGAAUAGAGGCGAAACUGCUAAUAAUGGAAAUGGUACAAUAAUGAACAAUGGUAACAACUCCAACAAUAACAACAGCAAUAGUGGCGGUCAAUCUAUGUUAAUCAACAGUCCAGCGGAUAUAUUAUAUAAUGCGGGUGCCAUGAACGGUAUGAACACCAUGAAUAGCAAACUUUCUAACAAUAAUAUUAGCACCAGUGCCAAUAUUUCUAACAAUGGCACUAAUACUAAUAAUACUAAUAAUACUAAUAAUAAUAAUAGUACCAACAACAAUAUUACUCCUGCUAAUAUAUUAAGUGGUUUAAUGGGUAAUACAACAAUGGACACAGAUGGAAUAAUGAAUAAUAACAUUUAUCAGAAUCAAAACGGCAACACUACGAACAAAGGAGUGAGUCUAUCAAAUAACAGCAGCAAUAACACUUCAUUCAUGCCAAGUAGUAUGAUGAUGAAUAAUGGUAGCAAUAAUAAUCUUUCCAAUACUAGCACCAACAAUGUUUUUGAUGGAGGAGAUGAUUUGGUGGAUCUUAACAAUCUUGAUCUAGGUCAUAUAGAAGACUUUUUACAAUGA